UGGUGUGCGCCGUUUUCCUCCUUUCCUCAUAGAAAUCGCCGUCAGCCACGCAGAACUGAGCCAGUUUCGGUGUUGGGCGGAUGUUAAGAUCAAGACUCUGCAGGUAACUGCCUUCCAGCUGCAUAUCCAUUCCCAUGGCAUCAGGGUAUCAGCAUCGCCUGUGGCGCUAUGUAGAUUCCGGCCGCCGUCGCAAGCUGCGUAAACUUUUGCAGCGUCACAGGAAAGUGCUGGACCUGAGCGAGCCUGCGGGGCGUAAGGGCCGAACCCCGCUGCACCGAUCCUGUGCCCGGCAGGACCUCAGAACUGCCAUCCUCUUGCUGAAAUAUGGAGCAGAUCCCUCCGUCCUGGACCAGCGUGGGGACACCGCUCUGCACGUCGCUGCCCGGCAGGUGGCACGCAAGGGAGGCACUGUGUAUGAAGACCUCUUUGUGCCCCUACGGUGUCGCUGCCCUGCCGCCAUGAACAUCCGGAACCGAGAUGGACGAACGCCGGGAGACCUCCUGGGACAGUCCGAAGAGAAAUGGUGCCCUCAGGAGGCAGUUGAGAACGGUGAGGCAAAACGCAAGGCGGAUGCGGAGUGGAGCUGCAAACUUCUAGGUGAAUGGGAGGAUGAAUACCGGGAGACCUGCUGGCAGUAUGAAGAGGAUUUCUAUGCCACUGAUCCAGAGCCAGAAAACUAUGAGGAUUGGGCUGACCGCAUAUUUCGGGAAUACAGGCAAAAACAACAGCAAGAAAGGGAGCGGUAUCAGCGGAAGCCUAAAACUACACCUCCAAAGCCUUCCCCUGGGCUGCAGCAGCUCCUGGAGGAAGAACACCUGCUUUAUGAGAAGCGUGCCCGAGCCAAAGACGAAGAGCUGAAGGAGGCCAAGAAGCGGCGCUACCAGGAAAGCUGCAGCCGGGUCUUCUCCGCUGACAGUUCCCGGCUGCUGUACUAUGCGGAUAUUCCCUGGCCUUGUGCCACCGGGACAGCAGAGGAGAUGGCUGCUGUGGCGCUGCACGGCACGGGCUGCUCUGACGGGGCGGCCUAUCGGCGCCUCCUCCGGCGCCAGCAGGUUUUGUGGCACCCGGACAAGUUUGCCCAACGUUGCGGCUCACGCCUAGCGGAGCAGGAUCGCCGCCGGAUCUUGGACACGGUUACAGCAUUGUCCCAAGCAUUCAACCGGCUAGCAGAAGCUGCCAAAUGAUUCUUUGCUGCCUGCUUGUGAAUAAAACUUCAUUUUUGAA